GAUGGCGUGCCGCUGCAGGCCUUCGUGUCCACGGUGCAGAGCGAGGUGGUCGGGAUCCUGAUCAUCAGAGACGAGCAGGACCUCCAGUACUUGUGUGCGCGCUACAACAUAGAGAGCUUCAUCUACUUCAGCCACCACCGGCUGGAGGAGCACGCUCACAUCCUGCACUUCGUCCUGGCGCCCUCCUUCCAGCGCUGCUGCAGACACUUGUUCAAAGAGUCCCUCCGGCUGGGGCACAAGUCCUGCCUCUUCCACAGACUCUACCCCCCUCACAUCAGCCCCCAGGUGGGUGCACAGGGACCCUCACUGGCCCCUCAACUCUGGGGCCUUUCCAGCCUCUGCAUGUCUGCUCAAAAACACAUUCAUUAG